AACAGUGCUACAUUAUAAAAACGUUGCUGCUUGCUGUCACACUGCUGCCUUCCUGUCGUCAUUUACAAAAACAGCACUGACUUUGGAUCUUUAACAUUCCACCAUGUGUAAAGGACUUGCAACACUUCCGGCAACAUGCCUGAAAAGUGCCAAAGACAUCAAGCACAAAAUAAGUUUCUUGCUCCAGAAGCCCGAACAUCAAGCAGCGGAUCAGAAGCAGAUGAAAGAGAAGACUGCUGCAGCUGCUGCAAAGAGUGUGCCAACUGCAGCUGAGGUGGAGAAAUGGAAGGAGUCUUUCAGCCACGUGAUGAACAGUGAGACGGGUCGUAAAGUCUUCACCACCUUCCUGAAGUCAGAAUUCAGCAAGGAGAACAUGGACUUCUGGCUUGCCUGCGAGGAUUACAAGAAGAGCACAACUUCCAAGUUGGCAACCAGAGCCAAGCUGAUCUACCAGCAAUAUGUUGAGGCAGAUUCUCCUAAUGAGGUAAACCUAGACGCAGUCACCAGAGAAGUAACGAUGCAGAACAUCGAGAGCGCCGUCCCGUCUUGUUUCGACGAGGCUCAGAAGAUGAUCUACACGUUGAUGGCGAAAGACUCCUACAGGCGCUUCCUCAACUCCAAACUGAUCCAGGAUCUGUCUAACAUACGCUCCAGAACUGUUAAGGACAAAAAGGAGAAUAAUAACUGUCAAUGUGCCAAGAACAGGCAGGCGUUAGCCAGCGGCGCCUAAACAGGAAGAGAAGAAGGGAGGGGUAGAAGAAAGUGCCAAAGACUGAAAAUGUAUAAGAAGGCAGAAAAUGAUAAAGAUCAGGUUGUUUUGUGGAGAGUGUUUAUAGUUUAGAAAUUCAGAAGGUUACAAAGUGAAUUGAAGGUUACUGUGAGAUGUGAUUUGGGUUUUUUUUUUUAAUUUUUUUUUUUAUAAUUUUACUUCUGCUUCCUGAGGACUCACAGCACAGUGCAAUGCAGUUUCCCCCCCCCUGUAUUACAUUUAGAAAACGUUUGAUGUUUAAGUGUCUCAAUGGUUAAUAGUUACAGAUCAAAUAUUUGAUAGUUCAAUGUACAAUACAAAUACACCGGAUGUGUAAAUGUUUGCAUUGUGAAGCUUAGCUUUUGCUUCUGUUUUCACUGCAAAUCAUAACCUGCUCUCCAGGUCACGGCCAGGUUAUAUUGAUACUCACAACAGUAACUAACCCAAAACUACCUCCAUCCAACAGACACACCCUCAAACAACAUUGUGCAUUUUUUUUCAGUGGAAAAGCACAGUUUGUUACAGUAUCUGGUAAUUACAAUGUAGACUGCCUAUAUAUCUUUAAAGUCGUUUAUCAAGUUCUUUUUAAGACUCACCAAACUUACAAAAUGAGCCAUUAUCUAGGCCUAUUUAUCUGCUGUGCAAUUAGUCAGUAGCUGCAAACUAUGUAGUGUAUUUAUACUUAUAAACAGUAUGGUCAUUUACCAUCAUAUUGGAUAUUUCUUAACCACUACCUUCACAUUUGUUAAAAAUGUUAUGCUAAUUUUCCAGUGAUUACUUAUGUGAUAUAUGUUUGCACAGUAUCUCAAAGCUUUGUCAUGGCAACAACUGGCCCUGCUCUCUGCAGACACACUGACACAAUCUCCACACUGUGCAAAUGUUGGUUCUGUGCAUUUUGUAAGUGGGAAUUUUAAGCAUGCUUUAAUAUUACAGUAUUGACUUCCUGUUGCAUGCCAUAGUGUUGCCAACCGUUAGGAAAAACAGUGAAAUUGUGACUCUGAUCGUGAUUGAUUUGA